CUUUCUUUCUAUAACGUUUCGAAGUUAAGAAAUGAUUUUAUUGGUUGGGAGAAACUUUAAUUGCUACUGAGAUUUACGAAAUAAAUAAUUGUUCUAUUAAUUAUAACUACAGUUUCAAGUAUUGGUAUAGAAAAAGGUAUUCUGGUCAUACACUGUGAGGGAAAAUGCAGUGUUCACUUAGACUUAAAAAGGAACUUGAAAGGUUCCGUACACAACCUGUGAGUGGCAUUUCUUGUUGGCCUACUGAUAAUAUCUACCAGUUAAAAGCAAGUGUAAUGGGACCUGAUGGCACUCCUUAUGAAAAUGGAGUUUUUUAUAUUGAUAUUCAAAUUCCAGAUAAGUAUCCAUUUAUACCACCUAAUGUGCGUUUUGUGACACCAAUUUACCAUCCUAAUGUUGAUGAUUCUGGAAGAAUAUGCCUUCCAACAUUAAAAUCAGCCCCACAAGGUGCUUGGAAGCCUAAUAUGAAUCUAGCUAGUAUAUUAGUAGACAUACAGCUGCUCAUGGCAGAGCCAAAUUUUAAUGAUCCAUUAAGGAGUGAAAUAUCACAAGAGUAUCAAACUAGCCGUGAGAGUUACAUCAAGCAUGCACGUGAAUGCACUGUGAAACAUGCUUUACAAAGUAGUAAUGAAUUGCCUGGAAUUGCAGUAUCUGAUUCUUGUAAACAGCUUUCUAGUUCUGUUAAACAUGCUGCUGAAGAUGGUGAUUCACCAAAUUCUAAAAAGAAAAAAGUGUGAAUGAAUUAUUCGAGUUCAAAUGUAUACCAAGAGCUUAUAUUGAUAGUUUAUACUUUUUGAUUGAUAUAAAUAUUUGAAAUCUGUA